UGUCACGCUGUCCAAGGAUUGGGACAGAAGUUCGUCGUCGAGGCGGCGCGAGCGCGUCGUUUGCUUGGGGAAUUUUGAUCAGAGAGACAUCGUCAUCGAGACCGGAGGCCUGUGACGAAGGUCAAGACGAGUGUCUUGUCCAUGGUCUUUGCGGUCGUCACGUCUUGUCUGGAACCUCUAUAUAAGAAAGCACGUCAGUCCCCGUUGAUGACCAUCUUCCUUCACUCCACUCAUCAGCUCCAUUACACCAACAAGCCUCACCUACAGCUUACAACAAUCACUCUUCUAUCUCUCAUCUACUACAUAACCCACUUACACCAAACCAAUAACACCACAGCCAUCAUGAGAUUCACCAUUGCCAUCACCGCCCUCUUCGCCGGCGUCGCCCUCUCCGCGCCGCUCGAGGAGCGCCAGGCCGUCUACGUCCCUUGCUCCGGCCUCUACGGCACCUCGCAGUGCUGCGCGACGGACGUCCUCGGCGUCGCUGACCUCGACUGCGGCAACCCGCCCGAGGCACCCACCUCGGCCGACGAGUUCAGCUCCAUCUGUUCCGCCAUCGGACAGCGUGCCCGCUGCUGCGUCCUGCCCAUUCUUGACCAGGGCAUUCUCUGCAACACCCCCACCGGUGUCACCGACUAA